AUGUAUGUUUGCGAAGGGAAAGAUACCUGCCAGCUGUUGGGGCCAGUGUCUCUUUUUGUUCAAACUUUGAUGGGUAUGACAGCAGUAUCUGUGCUACUGAUCAAGAGAAACUAUGAGCAUCCGAGAAGGAAAAUGAUUGUAUGGAGUUAUGAUAUCGGAAAACAGAUUAUCGGUUCAUUGGGAAUACAUUUCUUAAACCUGGGUAUCAGCAUACUGAAGAGAAGACGGAAGUUACUCCUUUUAGUCACCGCCAAUGGCGAUGAUGAUGAGGAUCAAUGUGAUUGGUAUUUUCUUAAUCUACUCCUGGACACUACUGUUGGGAUUCCUAUUCUUUGGUUGUCCUUAUACGUAAUUGAAAGAGCGCUAAAAUCCUUACAUUUUCAGAAUAUCGAAAGUGGUAAUUAUUUCCCAUCCAAAAGCAUUGGAAAUGCCCCUAGGAAACCGUUGCUUUCUGCAUUCGUGAAACAGCUGUUUAUAUUCAUUGUAGGGCUAGGCGUGAUGAAGUUCUGCGUGUUUUUAAUAUUGAACUACUUAGAAGAAUGGGCAUAUUGGUUUGCAGAUUUCAUACUUGGCUGGUCAGACUCUUGGCCAAAUGUCCAAGUCUUUCUCGUGAUGUUUGUCUUCCCGAUCCUACUGAACUGCUUUCAGUACUUUUGUGUCGAUAACGUCAUCAGGUUACACUCAGAAAGUCUAACACUAACUAAUGCCGAAAAUUUUGAAACAAGCACAUUCCUUGAUGACGAAAUUCCUGAUUUAUCGGAAGGCUCGACUUACGCCAAUGCUGAAGCACCCAAUAAAGACAACAUUGCUUUCAGCUAUGGUAGCAUAAUAUAA